UAUUAUUGAUUGUACCAAUUCAUCCUUAUUUGAAACUUGAGAAUAUAUAAUCCAUCAAAAUAAUCGCAUUUAAAAAUAUUUUAAUAUUAUUAAUAAAAUGUUGUGUACCAUGUUAGAUUUAAAUUAUAUUAUAUUAUCGUGUAGCAACACUAAUACCGACCGUCAUGUGAGUUAGUAGUUUGCAUUGUACUUCAUCUUUUCAAGUAAUGUCAUUGUCAAAUGUCACACAAAGUGAAUUAAAUACGAAUGAGCAGCAAGGUUGCACAAGAACGUGAGGUGAAUGGACGUGAAUUUAAAUUCAUGAUAAAAUAAGCAAAAAAUCAAUGUUACUGUAAUGGUUGUGAGUGGUGCGCUCGUGCAAACAUGGCUUACGAUAUCGGGUGGAUCAUCCCGCGCCUGCGGAACCCGGGUCGGCUGUGGUACUGUGCCAGUUCCAUCACGGUGGCAGUGGUCGGUUUGUUCAGCAAGUUAAUUGUAGAGUUUCUCAACAAGACGACGGUGUACAAUCGAGAGGCACUGCUGCGCGCCGUCCAGCGGCCGCCCGAUGUGCCGCUGCUGACCGUGUCCAACCACCACUCGUGCUUCGACGACCCGGGGCUUUGGGGGGUGCUGGACACGGGUACUCUGCUGCGUGGCGCGCGCAUGCGCUGGUCGCUGGCGGCGCAUGACAUUUGCUUCACGAACGCGCUGCACUCCGCAUUCUUUGCGCUCGGGAAGUGUGUGCCCGUCGUGCGCGGAGCUGGAGUCUAUCAGCCGGCGAUGGACUUCUGCGUGGAGCGCCUGGAGCGCGGCGAGUGGGUGCACAUCUUCCCCGAGGGCCGCGUCAACGUGGAGAAGGAGCGCAUCCGCUUCAAGUGGGGCGUGGGCCGGCUCGUGGCCGACAGCGCGGCCCGCGGCUGCGCGCCCGUCGUGCUGCCCGUGUGGCACGAGGGCAUGGACCGCGUGCUGCCCAACACCGAGCCCUACCGCCUGCGCUGCCGCAACCGCCUCUACCUCGCCGUGGGCGAACCCAUCCGCCUGCACGCCCUGCUCGAUAAGUUGAAGAGCGCGAACGCGUCGGAGGAGGAGACGCGGCGCGUGAUCACGGAGCGCAUCCAGGACGAGCUGCUGAAGCUGCGCGAGCACGCGCACGCGCUCAUCCGCCGCGCGGUCGGCGCCGACGAGCCUCCCGCGCGCAACCACAACCACAACCACAACCGCAACCGCAACCACAACCACAACCACCACCACCACUCCGCCGCCGCCGACCAGCACGCCGACCAGCACGCCGACAAGGACCUGUGAGCCCGACCCGUCGCUGCGGUCCUGUCUGUCUAUUGUUUCUGUGCCGACUCGAUCCUCUGAGCGAUCGUGUGACGCGUGCGUCGAGGUUUAUACGACGCGAUGAUAGAAGAUGGCUUUUGUUACGGGGGAACGAUAGCACGUCCGGGCCGGCCCCGGUGUGCCCGGCCCGGGCGCGAUUUUAUAUCAACGUUCGUCGUAGUGCGCCACGUGAGGUUUUUUAUAUUAAGUUUCUAAAUAGAACAAUUAACAUUUUAUACGAAUCUUUACAUUGUUAUGGUUUACAAAGAACGUUUUCAUUUUCCUUGAUUUAAACGCAAAAGUUGAUUGCGCACAAGCAGUUUAUGUACCUAUAUGGAUAUGAUGUUCGAGAGUUAUACAAUUAUUUUGACGUUUAAAUAAAACAAGAAAAAAUAAAACAAGCGAGCGGCAGCUAGCUCGGCUUCUACGAGUAUUUUUUAAAGUCAUUUGAAACCUAGGGUAAUGUCUUUUUUGAAAACAUUUUUAAUAUCUUGUAAUGUUAAAAUAAUGAAUUCGGUAGUUAUGGCCGAAGCAUUUACUUACUACAUAUUCUCUUGUGUUUGAAGGGUUUUCCUAUAUUGGUGUUACGAUCGUGCGUUCUGCUCGAAGUGAGCGAUAGAUGUAUGAUUCACUUAGUUAGAUAAGCGUGUUGAGGGAAGGCGCAACUUAUACAGUUGCACUGAAACUAAAAUAUUCAUAACAAAACUUAUUUUUUUGACAAAAUUGGUGCAAUGAACUAUAAUAUAAUAUGAUAUGCAAUAUACAAUACUAAGAGAUAGUAGAGUGCACUGUGCUCGGUAGCCGCGUCUGUGUUGAGUGUUACCAGUAAGAAAUGCCAUUGCAAACAUUUUAACGUUGUCGCUCUGAAGUUGCAGUUUUUGGCUCGCGGUGGUCGAUGCUUCGCUACAUUUACAUCACACGGCAACUCAGUCUUCUCGUUAGGACCAGUCUACAUUCAAUGUUUCCUGUUAAUAAUUUUUGUUAUUUUAUUUAUACCGUUCAAGUUAUAUUGCUUACUUUAGCGGGUUUUGUAAUUUAUUAUAAUCGCAAAUAAAAUUUAAAAAAAAAACAAUUUUGGUAUUGUGCAGCUAAUAACGAGUCAAAGAAAUCAACAAGAAUUGAAUUGAUUCGACUUAUAAAAUAGUUUUAUUUUCUAAUAUCUCAAUGGAUGUAAUUGUUUACGUAUUUAUAUAAUAAUAUAUUUUUGAGAGACAAACGCUGGCUCGGAGCCGAGUUGAAAUGUUUGUUUAGUGCGUACGUGAUAACGCGAAUCAAUGUUUUCUACCUGUAGUGUGUGCUUGUGUGGUGGUCGGUGUUACUUGCUGUUGGUAUUAGUCUCAAUCAGUAUGAAUAUAUUUAUAAUAUGUUUCAAUAUGAAAAAAUCGUAUUUAUUUUUUAAUUUAUAGUUAUAUAUAUAAUUUUACACAAUAUUUAUUAUAUAGAGCGCCUACAUUUCAAAAAGUUAUAUAAUAUGAAUAAAAACAAUAUUUUAAUAAUUUGUCUUCUUUAUACAUUUUAUAAUAAUUUGGAAAGAUAAUAUUAAUGAAGAAUGUAUUCUUCGUUCAGAUUGUAAAUUAAGAGCUUCCAGUGAGUAUCCUCUUCUAGAAAUAAUGUUUUGAUAACUUUAUACACAGAUCUAGCCACUCGUGUCAUUUACAUUCUGUAUAUCUUCCUCGCCACUACUACUACUACAACUAAAACUGGAAUUAUACAAAGUACUACCCGUCGAAGUGUAAUAGGUCGUACAUAUAACUUACUUUACAUCAUUUAUUGACUUCUAUUGAUCUGUAAUGUGGAAACUUGAUUACACAAAAAUUAACUUAUUCUGAUGUGUAACACUGUAGGUUGUAUGUGUGUUGGAGCGGAAUUAACUACUAGAUGUACGUCGUCAACUGUCGGUGAGCCGCCGUCGCCAUCUCAUGACCAAAGACUGUUCGACUUCACUCGGAGUGAAAAUAAUUAAAUCCAAUAACUAAUAAUAUUAUUUUUGAAGAGAUCAUUAUAUUCAUUCUUAAAGUUCAAUGUUAAAUUAUAGGUAUAUAAUUUAGGUAACUUACAAGCUGUUGUACAUAUCGCUGUGAUGUUAAGUAUACAUAUGUGUUGUGAUCAUGGUCGGCGGGGGGGGGGGGUUUAACUGCGCAUGCGCGUCCGUCUCCUUGUUUGCGUUACCAGUCGAUGAGUUGACGGCGUGUUGCGAGGUGUUCAUGUAAAGACAUUUGUAUAAAAAAGUCUUCCGUCUCGAUAUUAUUUAGUUGUGUUAUAACACUAAAGCACUACUUUACGUUUUCAUACAACUUCGUAAUCGACUAAAAAUACAUAACCAAAAAAAUCGGCUGCUAAAACUUAAUAUUAUUAUUUAAAAAUAGGAUUGUUGACAAAGUAUUUACGUGUACCGUAGGGAGGCGUAAGUUAUGUGAACGUGAACACGCGUCGCCACGGCGCUCGCGGCGACCUCGGUAGCGAGCGCUCGUGAGUCGAAGUUUAAUGUAACCUGUACAAAUUACCAAACUGGACUCCGACCCGAUACCGAGUGUUUUCUUAACCGCGGUCCGGUUCAUACCCAUCUAUGUUCUGGCCGAGGAGUGUUUUUUGAGACUAUGUAUAUUUUUAAUAAAUAAAUGAAU